AUGGACAGAGACCAGUUCGUCCAGUUGCUGGACCAGUGUUGGCAUGACUUUCGACGGCAGGCGAUCGCAGCGUACCCCGAACAAGUCGCCGGCCUGAGAACGACACCAUCCUUCAGGGAGCUGCAGAUUGUGACCGCUUCUACAACCAGUGCCAUGCUCCGCUCUGCAUUGAAAAACAUGGAGCCUUCGGAGGCCUUGGCCACGAGCCAACGUCUACGGAUACGACUGGGAGUUUUGCCACAUCAGCAGCUUGUGUCGGGGAAGUCCCUUCACGAGGCCGUCGUGGCACUUGGCCUCACGAGAUACGGCGUCGAGGACAUGAACGAGCUUGUGAAUGAACUGGCGUCCUACAUUGGGCUAUACUUCAAGGACAUGAGCAUUUCGUCAUUCACGAAGGUCAAGUUUCAGGACGAAGUGGAUUUUAUCGGCUUGCAGCCUUUUUGGAAGUGGCCCCCGAAGGACGCCUCUGCAUCUCCGUGUCAUGAUGUCCCACUGGAUGCCCGACUGGAGCAGAAUGUGGUUCCCGCGCAAGCCUUGAUGGAGCUCUUCCUUGCUGAGGAAGGGCUCGUUCAUCGAAAGGUGUUUCACACAAGCACGCUGCUGCAACAGUUCAAGGCAAUGAGGGAGAUCUUACUGGCCAGCGACGCAAACCGCCUCGUCGCUGAGCUGACAUUCGUCAGGAUCAACGACCUGGCCGUAGCCUUGAUGAUUCUGGCGAAUGGGAUCAUGAUAGGCUUUCAGACCGAUCCCAACUACCAGGGCUGGGAGGGAUGGAUCUACCUUGAGACCGCCUUCGCUGUCCUCCUCAUCCUAGAGAUUUUGUUUCGGAUCCAUUUUCUUCGGUGUCACACGUAUUGGUGUGGUCCGGAGAGAUAUUGGAAUUGGUUUGACUUGUUCCUGGCCGUGACUUCAGGAACUGAUUUGAUGCUGCAGCUUGUUGCGCAGCAAGCCAGUGACAUCGCCGGCACCGGUCUCCUGAGAUUCACAAGGCUAAUUCGGCUGGCGAGAAUUGUGAAGGUCUUCCGCCUGAAGAUCAUGAAAGAUUUGCGUCUCAUGGUCAAGGGAUGGAUUGCAGGGCUACGAACUUUGGUCCUCGCAUUUACUUUGUUGUUCGCCGUCCUUUACGUCAUCUCUGGCUUCGCUACCAUGGCCCUUGGCGGUCAGCUCGAAGUGGAUGGAGAUCUUUGGCCUCACUUCCGGACGAUUCCUGCCUCGAUGUUUACCGCCUUCAGAUGCUUCACCGGCGAGUGUGUCAGCAGCCAAGGACAUCCCAUGACCGACGCUCUCGCGACCAAGUUCGGGUUAACCUUUAUAAUCCCCUACGUUGCCAGCUACAUGUUGGUCCCAGCCUCGGUUACUCAUGUCGCGAUUGUCCGGCCAAGAGUUUCAGUGAACCAGGUCACCAUGGGCAUCUUCAACGUGAUUUUGGCUGUCUAUGUGGAUAUAACCAUGAGGGCUGCAAAGGAGAAUGACGUUAACAGCGCAGAGCAGUAUGCUCGUGAGUCCAUUCGGGUGGCCCGGUGUACUCGAGAGCUUCUCAAGAGGUUCGCCACUGCAUACCGGGAACUCAGCGACGCUGACCAUGGGCCGUCAGCCGUGGAGAUGAUGUCCUCCAUGGAGUUUACCUCAAACCGAGCUGGUGUAUUCAUGGACGAUGAUGUUCAUGAUCAAAUUGAGAUUUCGAAGGAGCUCUUUCUUGUUGUCAUUCAAGAUAGAGGUGUGCAGCAGCUCAUGGAUGAGCUUGAUCUACCACCGGACCGGGCUAACAUGUUCGAAGUCAUCGAUGCCGACGGAAACGGCACGCUCCAUGUUCAAGAGCUGGUGCAGGGCAUGUUGAAGAUCCGCGGGGACCUCACCAAGAGUGCUGCUCGAAACAAUAACCUCCUGCAGCGAGUUUGCUGA